CUGAUUCUGCGCUGGAGCCGCCCGCAUAAAAUCUUGACACCCCCCCCCCAACUCCAGGCCCGAGCAAGUACGACUUCUUUUCCCUCCCUAAAAUUCACCACUCUCAAUUUUCCAGCACCUGUGACUUGGAGAGCCUGAAAGCCCAAAUUUGCGCCCCGACAAAUUGCAACACCACAACACGGUUAACACAACCGCAAACCCUUACAAGACAGCCAUCACUAAUAAUGGCCCGCCCCAAGAAGAACGCAGCGGCCGCCCCAGCUGCACCGGCUCAGGUGCCAGUCGCCGCCGCUCCAGCACCCAUCCCAGCCAUGCCGCAGCCUGCACCUCUGCCCAUCCUUCAAGCUCUGCCUGAUAACAAUGCGGCGACGCUUGUGAUCAACCGCGCAGAAUACGUCCGCGUUCGCGACUCGGUCUAUGCACGACUCUCCACGAUACAGGACCUGUUGAGAUCGUUUGCUGCAGACUACGUUCGCCAGAGCAACCUCCUUCUGGGAGAACCCACCUCACUAGACAACGUUCCGUCUUUGCAUGCGCUCGCUAGUUUGGACCAUGCUGCCUUUGGGUUUGCGCCGCUGGCUGCUGAAGCCGUUGCUCCUGCAGCUGAGGAGAAGAAGGAGCGCAAGAAGCGCGUCCAUGAUCCCAAUGCUCCCAAAAGGCCCUUGACUCCUUACUUCCUCUACAUGCAAACUGCCCGCCCAAUCAUCGCCAAUGAUCUCGGCGAAGAGGCUCCCAAGGGUGCCGUUCAAGAGGAAGGUCAGCGCCGCUGGGCUUCUAUGACUCCCCAGGAGAAGAUGGCUUGGAACAACGCUUACCAGUUCAACCUGCGCCUGUAUAACGCCCGUGUCCACUCCUACAAGGCUGGCAAUGCCUUGGCCAGAGAGAUGUCUGACCAAGACGCCCUCACAUAUGCCGACGGCAACGCGAUCCCUCACCCAACUGUAUCCGGUGUAGAGGAUGCUGCGUUGCCCAAUGAUCAUGACGCCAUUGCCGAGCAACUACAGCUGGCUGCUCCUGUUUCUGCCCCUGCAAGCCCUGAGGAAGCUGUUAAGACCCCCAAGCCCAAGGCCACUCGCAAGCGCAAGAGCACUGCUGCUGUGGAAGUUGAGGAAGGAGAGGCGAGCGCUGUUAAGACCGCGACGCCUGUUGCCAGUCCCGAAAAGAAGCGCAAGCGACAGUCCAAGGGAGCUGCGGAACCUGUGCCCGAGGAGCCUAAGAAGUCCGGUCGCAAGAAGAAGAGCGCCUAAACGAGAUUCGUAUCCUGAUUGCCUGGUUGUUUCUUGUUCUAUUAUGUUGCCUUUCGGUGAUACCUCUUCCUGUUUCGUGUCUUUGAAACCCACGGCCUUGUACUGCUUUUCUAAGGCGUUGGCCCCUACAUGAUAUGUGGGCAAUGAACUCAUGUUGGCGAGUUCGCUGAUUCCCGCGUUUGGUUAUUUUUGGAAUUGCAUGAGCUACGAUACUGUUCACUAAAGGGUGGGAAGGAAAGGGGACGGCGUGGUCCGGACAUAGGGGAGAUCUAGGAGUCCUCGUCGCAGAGCGUUUCUUUAAGACGUAGUGUAUGUAGAGUUUUCGUAUAAAUUAAAACAUGAUGACCGUA